CUUUCCUCUGCAACUAUUCCAUCACCAAAUCACCAUGUGAAACAUCUCUCUCUUCAAAAUUCUUCCCCCGUCUCCACACACACACACACACUAUCACACACAUCCUUACACGUACACAUUUUCCCUCCAGAUCUGAACCCCCCCAUGGAACCUCGCCUCCUAAUUCAAACCCUAACAACCACCUCAACCACCGCCACUGAACUCCACCAAGCCUGGCACCUCCUCUCUCUCCUCCUCUCCCUCGGCCGUCCAUCUCUCCCCGCCGAACUCGCCUCCAAAUGCCGGGCCCCGAUCCGCUACAUCCAGUACCUCUGUUCCGUCCCUAACUCCCCAAUUGUUUUGACCAGUAACCUCCUCAUUACUCCGUCGCCGUUCGCGUUCACGAUUCUCCAGAAGCUUACCACAAGCUUGAGUCGUGUUGAGUUCGGAGUUUUUAGGCGGAGGAGGGUUUUGGAGGACGUCGGGAGAACGUACUGUAGGAGGCGGAAGAGGCUCGGAUCGGAGAUUGAGGUUACGCCUGUUUCGAAAAAGAGACUUGUUUUGCAGGAUAUUGAUGAAAACGAAGAAAAUCGAAUCGUGUCGAUUUCACCUAUUGGAACUCCCGUUGAUUGCACGGAGUUACAUAUUCCAGUGGUUGCAUGUACAACCAGAGGAUUGGAUGCACAGACGGGUGAUAUUUCAAUCACGAAACUUGAAUCAGCAAAUUUUGAUAUAGAAGUUGGAAUGCCUCCCUUCUCAUUCAAUCUAAAUACUGGAUUGUCGAGUUAUGGAUUGGAGAACAUUGAUCUUGGAAAUAGUAAACAGACAAGUAUCUUGGAGCAUAUGCAGGAGAAUCAACAUUCAUACGCCUCAGGUUUUCAGCAUAGCUUUCUUAAUUUUGAAAGAUCUCCAGGUAUUCCUCAUCCAGUAACAGUACAAAAAAUAAAGGCAUGUAUGCUUCACCCAGAACAAUAUAUCCCGACCAAUCCAACAGAAAAUUCAACUGCAUGGAGGAAAAUUACAAUGGAUGAGAUGAGCUUGAGAAAUGGAAUCAGUUUCAAUGCCACAGCACGCGCAGAAGUAGAAAAAUGCAUAGUUCCACGAGAAGAAGAGGAAGAAUCAUUAGUUGAUACUAUUUGCCAUGAGGGCGAAGUUGAAUGCAUUGUCCCAGCAGUCAAUAUUGCUCAAACACUAAUGUCACGUGAUGGCAAAGCAAUGAAGGUGGUAGAGAGCAUUGAUAUGAGUCCAUAUCCGGAUGUAGAGGAAACAACUGCAGAUGUGGAGGGUAAGGCUAUUCUCUUAGUGGCUGGGCUCUCUGUUCCUCAGAAGCAGCUUAUGAAAUCCUCCACCAAAUCAAAAACCCCUCGAAAGGAUGUAAUAAACCCAAAACAGCAAGCUCUCCGCAAGGCUUUGGGCAGUUCUAAAGGUGUUGAUUCCCCUAUAGAGCAUCUUCAGAGUGCAAGAGAUAGAAACUUAAUCUUCAUGAAGCAGAAGAUAAAGCAGAACUGUGACGAAAAGGUGAACACUAGGAAAAAGGGGGAAAAUUGUAAAGAUAAAAGAGACAAGCCAAUCUCCAUUGCCCUCAAUAACCAACAGGAGCCAAAACCACUACCAAAAUUUGAACAGUUUAUUAUAAAGGAGGAAGAAGGCUCUGGUGGUUAUGGUACAGUCUACAGGGCGCAGAGAAAGAAUGAUGGAACAACAUUUGCGAUUAAAUGUCCUCAUGCAAAUGCUAAUAGACACCAUGUCCAUAAUGAGCUGAAGAUGCUGGAGCGAUUUGGGGGUAAGAACUAUGUCAUAAAGUAUGAAGGGUCUUUCAAGAAUGAGAAUUCGGAAUGCCUCGUUUUAGAGCAUGUGGAGCAUGACAGACCUGAGGUCUUGAAGAAAGAAAUAGAUGUUUUCCAGCUCCAGUGGUACGGCUAUUGCAUGUUCAGAGCACUUGCAGGUUUACAUAAGCAGGGAAUAGUUCACAGAGAUGUUAAACCUGGCAACUUCCUCUUCUCUCGCAAUGUCAAUAAAGGUUAUCUCAUCGAUUUUAACCUUGCCAUGGAUAUGCAUCAAAAGUAUGGAACUCUUGACAAAUCGAAGGGGGUCUAUGAUAUGAGUCUCAAUCAUGCUCCACUUGUCCAUGCCAAAACUCUGCCUCCGUACAAUCAGAAGUUUCUGGUUGGAAAAUCUGCGGAAGCAAUCAAUAAGGAGGCUGGAAAUGUUUCAAGGCCACUUUUAUUGAACCCGAAAAAGAAGGUUGUGUACCAAACAAAUGCCUUAACUGACUUGGGCGGCAGGAAUGCGUUGAAAAGCCAAGGAGCAGAUGGCUCUGGUAUAACUUCAACGAAGGAUGCAACAAGCACUAGAACUCCUUCAACAGAAAGGUUAAGGGAACCCAUUCCAUGCCAAGGUAGGAAGGAGCUGCUCAACCUGGUGCAGAAAGCAAUGCGGAGUCCAAAUUACGAAGCACAUAGUGUUCCAUCUUCAAAGAGAAAGAGGGUUGCCGCACUUCCAAGUAAAGUAGAUAGAAAACUAGUAUACCUAACUCCAAUGCCACUAUACUCAACUGGCACUGCUGUUGCUGGUGCUGGCCUGAUAAAGAGCAAAGGUGGUGGAAAGCCAAAGAGAGAAGGCCCUUGUGUAGGAACCAAGGGCUUUCGGGCUCCAGAGGUAUUGUUCAGAUCACCAUAUCAAGGCCCCAAAGUAGAUAGCUGGUCUGCUGGGGUUACCUUACUUUACCUGAUGAUCGGAAGAACACCCUUUACUGGGGAACCCGAACAGAACAUAAAAGAAAUUGCUAAGUUGAGAGGCAAUGAAAAUCUCUGGGAAGUAGCCAAGCUACAUAACUGCGAAACGUCAUUUCCAGUGGAUCUUUACGAUGUACAAUUCUUGCCAUCUACGAAACUUAGAGAUUGGUGCAAACAGAACACUAAAAGACCCGAAUUCUUCGAGUUGAUCCCAAGAUCACUGUUUGAUCUUGUGGACAAGUGUUUGACAGUGAACCCGAGAGCAAGGAUAAGCGCGGAGGAAGCACUCAGGCACGAGUUCUUCAACCCUUGCCACGAUGGCCUCAAAAAGGAGAGGAUGGUCAGGAAGGGGCUGAGCUUGGACUCUAGGACUAACCAUAUUUUGAAUAGGCAGUUAGAGACUUGUGAAGGUUUGUUAUGAGCUGCUUCAGCUUUCCGGAGGUUUCAUUCUCUGUGAUGUCCAUUCUGUAAUGUUGCAAAAUGAUUAGCCCAGAGACGGCGAAAAGAUUAGUGGUUAUGUUCGUUGUUUCUGGCGGAGAAAAUUGUAUUUUCACCAUGUUGUAAUGUUUGGUGUUGAUUAUAGUUAAGUUCUAGCUGGUGUUUGAACAUGUUAA